AUGAGUCAUACUGUAGUUUUUGCAAGUCUUAUUGCACUUACUGUCUCUGUCUAUCGAGCAGCAACAUGUAAUAAUCUUGAUAAUGCAAUUUAUCUUCUUAAUAGUGGUAAAAUUUUAACACUUGUAGAAAGUUUUGUUCGACACAUGAAUGGUUUAAAAAGUGAUGUUUUAAUAAUAAAUAAUGAUCAAAGUGAAAGCGAAAAAUUAGCUCAAAUUGAUUUAGUGACAAAUUUAGCUAAAACACUUACUGAUUUACUUUUAAUGUAUAAUUCAAUAGCAAAAGAAAUACGAAAUCGUGAUAAUGAAAAUAAAGAAGAUAAAUUAACAAUGAGUCGUCUAACAGAUUUAAUUAGUUAUAUGGCUAAUGUUGGUGUUCUUGAUCGUAUAGCAUCUUUUUUUCGUACGGCACGUGCGAUUGUUAAUACAACAAAAUUAUGUAUACCAGAUAUGAUUAUUCAUUGUUUGAAUCUUUUACAACAAAUGAUUGAUUUUUCAAAACCAAAAUCCUAUGUACACCUAUUUGAUCAAUCAUCAAAAAAAUCCAUUAAUGAUCCAGCUCAAGUCUUAAGUAUAAUGAAAUCAACAAAUUUUUGUGAAAUUCUUUCAUUACUUUAUGGUAUUCUUAUACAUGAAACUGAUAAUAAUAAUCAAAUUAUUACUGAAAAUAAUAAUAAUAAUAAUAAUAAUAAUAUUAAUAAUAACAAUAAUAAUAAUACGAUCACUUUACAUGAAAAAACAGUUACUAUUGUAAUUAACUCGAUGAUAUUAUUAAAUACAAUAGCGACAUUAGAUCUUGACGCAUUUCAAACUAUUCUCGGUGAAGAAACUAUUUCUCUACAACUUCGACAUGUAGCUAAUUAUAUUCUUGCUUAUUGUAAUCAAAAACAAACAACAAAUAAUGAUAAUUUAUUACAUGAAAUUAUUCUUCUUAUUGGUUAUUAUUGUGUAUUAAAUCAAGAUAAUCAAUGUCGUAUGGCAUUUGGUAAUCGGCCAACUGUACUUCAACAAUUAUCGUGCUUAUCAUUUCGAUAUUUUGUUGAAUCAAAAUAUAUGGAUAUACUUUUUCCAACAUUAAUAUCUUGUUCAUAUGAUUGUGAUACAACACGAGCAAUACUUCAAACUGAAAUGUCACUUGAUCUUAUUGCAAAUUUUAUUGAAACAAAAUUGAGUGAAACAAAAACGAUUAAUGAAAAUGAUAAUACAUCAGUUAUUUCUUCAUUUCAUAUGCGAUUUCCAUAUGAUGAAUUGAAUAAUGCAUUGCAGUAUUAUCGACCAAUAUCAAAACGUAUUGAUAAAAAUUAUCAUGAUGAAGAAAAAGAAAAUGAAUCUCAUCGAAUUGAUAUUCAAACUUAA